UCAAAGGUAAAGGCAGAAAAAACAAAGAAAGAAAGAGCGGAAUAAGGUGUCUCUCUUGGACUGAUUCCUUUCAAUCCCAUCUAUCUAUCUAUCUCUUUCUUUCUAUCUGUCCAUAAUAUAUAUACUAAGAGGGAGAGAGAAACCAAGAAAGAAAUGUAUAAGAAACCACUCAAAAAUAAAAACAAAAAAGAUUAGAGAAGCCUGGUGAUAGAUAGAAGAGUAGUAAUGAAAUGGUGAUGGAAGUGGUGGUGGCUUCUCUCUCUCUCUCUCUCUAUCUAUCUAUGCAUAUAAAGUCAUUGAUUCUUUUCUCUAAGGAAAAAUAUUUCCUUUCUUUCUCUCUUUGAUGAGUCCGCCCAAAAAUAGUUGGAUAUAGAGAUAGUGUUGUGUGGAGAAGGAGGCGCAUCUUUCUUCUUCUCUCUUUCAUUUGUUGUGUGUUAGCCUUUGUUGCAACUCUUUCCUUCCCUUUCACAUUGCCCUUCUAUAUCAUCACCAUCAUAAUCAUAUUCAUAAUCAAAUCUCACCUGUUAUUUACAUAUCAUCUUAUUAGCAUCUUCAACUUAUCAUUUAUAUCAUCAUCUCCAUGGCUGUUCAAGCUCAAUACCCAUCCAGUGUUCUCCUUGUAAACAGAAGCGGGCAAGACGGGCUUGAUUAUUCAUUGCAACCACAAGCAGGGGGAGGAGGAGAUGGAGGAUUGGUUGUCGAUCAAUCAUAUAUGUCUCUCAACAAUGGAGGAAGUAGUAAUAAUCCACGCAAAAGAAGCAGAGAACUCCUGGCGGCUGCCAAUACAAACACAAAUAUGGCUACUACGACAUCUCCAAUCAAUCCCUUCCCUAUGCAAACUCAAUCUCCUCAACUUAUAAACCUUUUCCAGCUUCACCACCCCAAUGUUGUCUCCACCGGACUCCGUUUAUCUUUCGGCGACCAGCAACCCUUGCAUCAACAAACUCGUCAAUGUCAGAGUCCUUUUUCAUCAUCUUUAUUAUCGGAUGAUUUAGCCCCUCAAAUCAAACACCAGCGAGACGAAUUAGACCAAUUCCUCCUAGCUCAGGGAAAGCAGCUGCGGCGUGCAUUAGCCGAGAAAACUCAGAGGCACUAUCGGGCGCUGCUGGGCGCGGCGGAUGAAUCAAUAACCCGCAGGUUGAGAGAAAAAGACGCGGAAGUCGAAAAAGCUAGGAGGAGAAAUGCGGAGUUGGAGGCACGCGCCGCGCAGCUCAGCGUGGAGGCGCAAGUUUGGCAGGCGAAGGCAAGGGCACAAGAGGCAACUGCUGCAUCGUUGCAAGCACAGCUACAGCAGGCGAUAAUAAAUUGUGGUGGGGCCGGCGGUGGAAAGGCGCAAGAUAGCAGGAGAGGCGACGGUGGACUAAUGUGCACGGGGGAGGUUGCGGAGGAUGCCGAGUCGGCUUACGUCGACCCUGAACGGGUUAUUUCGGUGGGCGUGUCGUGGGGACCCACAUGUAAAAGGUGCCAGAAACGGGUGGCGUUGGUGGUGCUGUUGCCGUGUCGCCAUCUUUGUGUGUGUCCAGAAUGUGACCGUGCGGUUCAGGCGUGCCCGUUAUGUUUCAACAUGAGAGAUUCCAGUGUUGAAGUUUUUCUUUCUUAGGGUACACGCCCAAUAAUCUCUGGAUUAGGGCGAAGAAGAAAUUAAAAAUGGAUUUAAAAAAAUUAAAAAAUAAAGCAUAAUAAAAUUUUUACAAUUUUGGGUUUA